GCGAAAACGAAAGGCAACCUCACGCACGAUUGCUGGACCAUCGCGACCGGAACGAGACACACGCUGUGCAUUGCAUCUUUCUACAACCACACGAUCACGAGUUACCAAUUGAAACAAGCCAAUAUGACAGUCUGCAGGUUUUACCAGCAGGGCCACUGCCGUUUCGGAAAUAAUUGCAAAUUCGAACACCCUCCCAAGGGAGGGCAACAACAACAACAGAACUACACAAACAACAACAACCGCUUUGGGCCCCUUUCCGGCCAGUCAAACCAAGGGAUGAGCGGGCGAGGCUCAGAUUCUCCCCCGUACCCCGGCCUGACCGUCGACGCGAUUGAACGAGACCUGAGAGCUGAGCUACCCGGAUGGAUCUUGUCGUGCUACGGCCCGGGGAGGGAUGCGCCCGAGCAGCUCUGGGGUGGCUAUCCCCGAGAACAAAGUUUCGAGGAGAUACGCCUACACUUCUUGAUGGGUGCCUUGACUGGGAACCCCCAGGGUGCCCUCAAUGAUAUCCAAACUCUGCACCAAAAUGCCCAACAGCAGAUUCAGCACACCCUCAGCAACGUCCCGAUGGCGAUACAGUACAUCGCCGAGGCGGGGAAAAACCACCCAAACCGGAUAGACGUGUGCAAGGGGGCGGAAGGAGGGGCCACCCCCGGCGCCGCAUUUGCGGGUUCGACAAACACGUUCCAACAGCCAACCCCGCCUGCAAAUCCGUUCGGAGCACCAGCUGCUGCACCGGCAACCACCGGCAGCCCUUUCGGGCAACCUGCCUCACUGGGCCAGAAGCCCAACCCGUUUGGGACCCCAGCGCCCGCUCCUGCCUUUGCUCAGCCUGCGCAGCCGGCAGCCUCUGGAUUUGGACAACCGGCGCCAUCAGCAUUUGGGCAGCCGGCCUCGUUGGGUGGUUCGACUGCGUUUGGCGGUUCUGCCCAACCGACGGGCGCCUUUGGCCAGACCAGUACACUAGGAGCCAAGCCAAAUCCGUUUGGAGGGUCGGCACAAACCGCUGGCCCGGCUUUCGGACAGUCAGGAUUCGGACAGCCGGCAGCACUUGGGGCGAAGCCUAAUCCCUUCGGAGCUCCAACAGGGGGAGGAGGCCCGUUUUCCUCGGCUCCACAACCAGCUCCCACGAACAGUCCCUUCGGGCAGCCAGCACAACAACCGCAGCAAACCCAAAGCGCGCCGUCCCCAUUUGGUCAACCCGUGAAUAGCCAACCUGCGGCCAACCCGUUCGGGCAACCGGCGGGACAGUCGGCGGGGCAGCCGGCACCCGCAAACCCAUUCGGGCAACCGGCGGCCGCCCCGGCCAACCCUUUCGGCCAGCCUUCGCAGCAACAACAGCAGCAACAACAGCAGCCGCAGCAACAGCCGCCUCAGCCUGCCGCCAACCCGUUCGGAGCACGCGCCGCGACCACGGCCCCGGCCAACCCCUUCGGACAACCCGCUACCUCAUCACCAUUCAGCGCUCCAGCGGCCACCGCCACUACGGCUGCCCCCGUACCGGCCGGGCCUAGCGGCACGGGGCCAUACGGUCCAGACGCCACACGCCAACACCCCGACAUAUCCACCUACGCUGCGCGAAACCCAGACAAGACGCUGCGCAUGUUCAAGGGCAAGCCCGUGUUAUACGAGACCCUGAAGCCCGGGACGAGGCCGGUGCCGGUGCUACGCAAUUUCGACGGGAGCAUGGUCCGCAUCUGGAUGCCCAACGGCGCGCCCGCGUACACGACGCAGACCGAGGCCGAGCCCGAGAAGUACCAGGACCCAACCGUCAUGCAACAGUGGAAGGCCUUUGUGGAGACGGGCAGGUUUGCCGGCGGCGUUAUGCCGGAGGUGCCGCCGAAGAGGGAGUUUUGUGCCUGGGACUUUUAGGAGGUCAUUGUGUAAUUUGUUGGAGAGUACAUCGUAAUGGGGGGGUGAUGUUGGGUUUGACAUUGAGCGCUUGUCGACUAUUGAGCAUUGUUACGGCGUUGGGAAUUUUUGGGAUGUUCUAUGGUCUGGUUUUCACAGCACAGGCGGGAUGGUAUCUAGGGUUUAAAUACUGACAGCUGCUGAUCGCGAACGUUUCUACUGUCGGGCAUGGUCAUGGCGUUUGGAAUUUUGGGGGAUAUCUCAUGACCUGGCUCUCAGCGCGGGCAGGAUGGUAUAUUGGUCUCAAUACUGACAGCUGCUGAUAGCAAAUGUUUUUGUUUUUCUUCCUAAUCACCAGCUGUUUUAUGUUUCACCUUUCUCACACCCGUUACCCAGCAAACC